AUGAAAGAACGACCAGACGAGGGCCCUAAAAGCGAAGUAAAACCCCUCCGACACCUCACAAACUACCCGGACAUCCCGGCCCCAAAGGUCCUGCGUGACUGGGUCGAUAGUAACGGCCGCUACUUUGUGCUCCAGGAACGCAUCCAAGGACAAACGCUCGAGCAGGCUUGGCCUUUAUUAUCGGAGUUUGAGAAGGUCACUAUCGCGGACCAGGUUGUUGGUGUACGCGAGCAACUGCGUCAAAUUACAUCGGAGUCUAAUUACAUUGGAGUCUAUGCAGAAUGUCGAUCAGGGCCCUUGCUAUCCUGGUUUACUUUUCUCGCAUAG